CGUAACAAUUAUGCCAAGCUCCAAUACGUUUGUAAUCCAGAGGGAGGGUGCCUGUGUGUGUGGGGGGGAGGGGAGCAAGCUAUAUCCCUGUCUUACCAAUUAAUUCACAUGCUCCCCUGUAAUGAGAGCACCCCCUGUGUAGUCUGUCAUCAGCUGGAUCACAAAGACUGGAGUUUUAACCAAACUAUUAAAGAUGACCAUGUUGCCAGUUCUAAAUUAUGUGUGUACCUUGCAGAAAUAGAUAGUUCUCACCACCUGUUAUUACUAACAUUUUGUGUACAGUUUACUGUAACAGUGCUUAUGCAUGCCUGUGCAUAGUGAAACUGAAACAGUACUGCAAACAUUUUAUACGUUGUGAAGCUAUUUGUGUUUUGCACAAUCAUGCAAACUAAAUAACACAGUCUCCAUUACUAUAAAAGAUUGCAGUAGCCUCACUAUGUAUGUACCAGGUAAGUGUGUUGAGUAUGUCAAUGUGAUGCAUGUUUUCUUAAUAAGUUACAGUGAGUAUAAGCUGUUUGUUUUGACUAAGAUAUGCUGUUAUGAUUAUAGGAAUGAUGUCUUUCGGUAUGUUCUAUAUUAGCUAUGGACCUGGACUUUACCAAAGGAACCAAUAGAUACUCACAUUUAAAGAUACUACCGAGGCUCACUGCCAAGCCGAUAAUAUUAGCAUAGCUGUGAGUAAAAUAAUGUUGUUGUUCCUGCUAGUGCUACUUGUACCCUCAUCAAUGGGACAGAACUGUUCAGAGCGAUGCUGUUACUGGUAUCAGACAGUACCCGGCAACAACAGUGACUGUUAUGUGUCAGAAGGUGGUACUGCUGUCUUAAAAUGUGAAGUAUAUGCUCCACGUGAUAGUAACAACAAUUCAAUGGCGACAUUAAAGUGGUACAGAAUUAUUGAAUCUAUAGUCGAGGAUAUCUCUGAUAGGUAUGAAAGUUCUAUGAUGUACGCCCAAAUUGCACUUAGUUCUUCUAACUCUCCAAUCAAUGGACUCUUUCGAGACAAUUAUGUACUAACUAUUCAUGGCAUCAAUUCUUCAAACAGUGGUAUUUACUUUUGUCAAAUCUCAGCUGACGGGUUUUGCUUCAUCCCAUCAGCAUAUGUGAAUAUUACUGUCAAUACAAGCUUGAAUGGAAAUGGUUGUUCAAGUGUUAAUUAUCAACGGAGUCCAGUUUGCGCAGUAGUAGACAAUUCUUCGUCUUGUCAAGUUACACCAACUCCUUCACUACAGACCAUGUCAUCAAUCGUAACGCCAAUAUCUCCUGUUAUGACUCCGUCAGCAACACCCACUCAACUAGAACUAUGUCGUGGUGAGUUAAAUGUAACAAACUUAGGAUUUGCAGCCUGUCUUGGAGUGACGGUGCCAGCUGGAGGGUUCACACUCAUACUGAUGAUCAUUCUGAUCUGCUGUGCUGGAAUCUGUAUAUGCUGGAGAAAGAAAACUAAAAAAAAAGCUGUGCAGUAUGUGGCUCAAACUGAAAUGGAUCAUACCUCAGAUAGAUCUAAUGCUCAAGUUGUGGGUCUCAAAAGAAGGAAAGCCCACCAGUACGAAGACGUGGAAAACCCACGACCUGAUGAACAUACUGCUGAAGAGCCAGUCAGUAAUCGUGAAAGAACACUAGAUCAUGAGUACAAUGAGCUGGAGCAUCAAGAAAAAACCAAUGCCCUCCAAACAACUGACCUAGAAGGAGAUCAGGGCGAACCACACACGUAUGAAACGGUUUUGGCUGUGAGUCAAGACAAAGACAAAACCGCUGUCAAUACGAAACAGCAGCUGCAAAUUGAAAGCUCACAAUACUAUGAAGAUGUUUGUGAUAAUAAACUGUCAAAACAACCACUCAAUAGCUUUUCCACUAGCCGUUCAUCCCAGAAUCAAUACAAUGUUCUUGAUCACUCUCUUGUUAGCAAUGCUGACACCAUUAAAGCUGUUACCAGCGAGGGCUCCACAGAGGAUCAUUGCUACAGCAGAACACAUGCACACACGUUGACAUUGAUGAGAAACUCUGUCGAAGAAACAUCUCAAGGCAACCAAUAUGAAAAUCUUGGCAGCAGAGUAGUAAAGUCAGCUCAGCGACAGAAUACACUGGCAAAUGAAUCAUCUGAUAGCUGUGAGUAUCAUGUUCUGGAGGAAGCUGUUUCAAGCGGUACCACCUUCCCCACCACUUCAAACCAGACAGAACAGACUCCACCUAUCCCUAAACACAAAUCUGUUCCAGCUUAUGGUGUACUCAAUUACAAUGAUUCCAGCCAGCAAAACAUCAAAAUCCAAGAUCAGCCCUUACAUCAAUCAAUAAUUGAGGAAAGCAAAGAGAGGGUAUUCGAUGACCCACAAUACAAUAUUCUCCCUACUGCACCGAAAGUGUUAGAAGAUGAAGCGGAGCACAGAAGAGAAGCUACUCAGAUUCAGACAUUUCCUUUUUAUGAGCUGACAGACGUACAUGAAGUGUGGAUACACACUGACUAAUUGAUCAUGCAACCCUUGUAUACAAUGUUGCAAAUAGAGACACCGUUUGUUACAUGCAACAAUAAUUGUGUGUAUAAUGUAUUGUGUAGCAUGAAUAGUGGAUUAAGACAGCUUUCUCUGUCACUGCAUGCAUGUAAUUGUAACUUUCGAGUGCAAAAAAGAUCCGUGCAGAGUUUUUGUGUGUACAUAGCCACAUUAUACAAUGUUGACUUACA